AUUCCAAACGACGGACCAACCGGAACACUGUCAGGGGUAUCUGCUUGGCAUCCUUACUCACCAAGUCGCUCUCACUUCAUGUUUAAUAAGCCUGAAUAUGAUAGGCUAAUCAUGUGGUUUCGCCAUUGUGUACGUCUUCUAGGUGUAACCCUUGGAACUCUUACUCUAGUAUUUUCAUGGCUCCAAAUCUACGCGGCGGCUUAUGUGCGAGGUCAGACGUUCUUUUAG